AUGGAAGAUUUACACAUCAGUAACACAUCACAUGACCAAGGCUACAGCAACAACAGCGAUGUCAGUGAGAAUUCUGACAACUAUAAAAAAUACAUCCAGUUCAGUGGCUUCAGAUAUGUGGCGCUAAUCACUGUCACUUGCUUUGGACUUUUUGUGACUCUACUAGCUAUCUUUGCAGCGUUUUCUCUGACAAAAAGGAAUCAUGCUGCGCCAGUCUACAUCAUCAACCUCCUUUUUUCUGAUCUCAUUCAGCUCUGCAGCAUGAUAACAUUAAUAACUGUAACAACACAAAGAUCUCGUGAAAUCAUCAUGCACACCUACCUUUUAGGCAUUAUGGCAAGUAUUGGAUUCAUGGUGUGUGUCUCCCUGGAAAGGUACUUGGUCCUUGCCAAGCCGCUAUGGUACAGAUUCAGACGAAGCAUUAAGAAUGCUGUGGCACUCUGUGUUGGGGUUUGGGCUGUUGUCCUUGUUUUGAGACUUACCGUAUAUUUAGUUGGUUUUGAGACCGGACGUAUUAUCACUGCUGUUUUUCUCCUCCUCCCUUUUCCUUUCUUUGUUUUCUUCUUGGCUGGAACCUUAAAAGCUCUGUCGACUGCCAUCAAGGUCCCUUCUGAUGAAAAAAGACGAAUUGUUGCAGUUUUGGUUGUGGUGCUGCUUAUUUACACACUUCUGUUCCUGCCUAUCAUUGUUUUUUGCCUGGUUAAAGAAGCCAGAGAUAACAUCAAUUUCUCACAUGCAGCUUUAAUUUGUAGUAUUAUUAGUCCUCUUGCUGAUUCAACUAUAUAUAUUUUACUUAGAAAAAGUGCCAUAGACAGAGUUCUGGUCUCCAUGAGCUGCAAAAUAUUUAACAAUCAACAGAUGAGCAGCACUUAUACUGCCUCCAAAUCAGGUUCAUUUUCUGAGAAUCAAUUAGCAUGCUUGAUAAAAAUUUCUCCCCGAUGCUCUUUAGACUAA